AUGCCUCCUUCAGUUGAAAAGAAGUUCAUAGAGCCUGCAAAUGAUAUUGAGGAAGACAAAAAAAAUUUAUGGUCACAAAUACUGAAUGAGGUUCAAAAACAUGGAAAUCCCAAGCUCUCUCCUCAUAAACAAAUACUUGUACUUGGUGAUAAUGAAUCUGGAAAAACUACAAUGGUGGCCAAAUUGCAGGGUAUUGAGAACUCUAGUAAAGGAUCUGGGCUUGAAUAUGCCUACAUCGAUGUUCGAGAUGAUUAUCGCGAUGACCACACACGUUUGAGUGUUUGGGUACUAGAUGGUGAUCCAGCUCAUUCUGAUUUACUCAGAUUCGCCCUGAACGAAGAAACAUUCCAGGAAACUUUAGUAAUACUCGCUGUAUCUAUGACAACGCCAUGGGGCAUUCUUGAGCAGCUCCAACAUUGGGCGUCAGUCCUCGCAGACCAUCUGGAUAAGCUAAAGUUAGAGGUAGAUCUGAGACAGAGCCGUCGACAGAAUUUGAUUAAAUUGUGGUUGGAUUAUGUGGAACCUGGCGAUGAGCUGGAUCCGGCUUCGCCGAUGAAAAGGAGCUCCAGGAAUUUUGGGGAUGAGGAAGAAUUCGAUGGGUCUCCAUUAUCAGAAGGAACAUUAACCAACAACUUGGGAUUGGAUAUCGUCGUUGUGGUAACGAAAACGGACUAUAUUCAAAAUUUAGAAAAAGAACAGGACUACCGCGACGAACACUUGGACUUUAUGCAGCAGUGGAUCAGGCGCUUCUGUCUCCAAUACGGAGCAGCCCUAUUCUACACCAGUGCCAAAGAAGACAAGAACUGCGACUUGCUCUACAAAUAUCUUACUCAUCGCAUUUACGGUUUUCCGUUCCAUACUCCGGCUUUGGUGGUGGAAAAAGACGCGGUUUUCAUACCUGCCGGUUGGGAUAACAUGAAGAAAAUCAGCAUCCUGUAUGAGAACAUGCAUUCUUGCAAGCCAGACGACUAUUAUCGUGACGUCAUCGUGCAGCCUGUCACCAGGAAAACUGUUAACAGGGAAACGGAAAUUUUGGCCGAGGAUGAACAGGCCUUCUUGACCAGGCAGCAACAGAUUUCUUUCGGCGGGGGACCGCCAGCUAUCAGAUUAGGGGAGUCGCCUAUCAGACCACCACUUGGAGGAAUUCAAGGCUCUCCGCGGAAACUGGACGGCUCGAAAGUGGUGAGCUCCCCGGGCGGCGAAGGUGUCCUAGCCAACUUUUUCAACUCCUUGCUGCUCAAGAAGACCGGCAGUCCCGGCAGCAGCAUGCUAGGCACCAAGUCGGGGAGCGAGAGUUUGCCGGACAAGGUGGCGAUGAGGACCGACGCGGCCGCAGAACUGGACAGAUUGUCCAGGGGAGGAGUGAAGAAACCGCCGAAUGGCGGCAGCGGAGCUGGGAGCAUCGAUUUCAAUGCUUCGGACUGUUGAGGAUUUG